AUGCCCCUCCCAUCCCAGCUCUCCACCGGCGCUGCUCCUGUCCAGGGCGUUCAGCAGCGGCCAUGCCGCUCAAUGACACAAACAAGGAGGCAUGGAGCUCCGACUAUGUAUGGGAGGCAAGCUGCUGCUGCACUUGGUCUACCCGAUGGUCGUUGUUCUGGAUGUACUUGGACGGCAGCAUUACAUUCUAGUAAUGAUGUUGGCUAUGGCAACAGCAGCAAUUUCCACUUGCAGCUGUUUUCAAUUUCUGCAUUUCUUCUACAGCGAACAGAUGAGAAGAACGGUCACAAGGAUUUUGUUUGA